ACAAUUUUCAGAGAAUUCAAAGUAUGUAUAGUAAAGCUAACUGAGUUCAGCCUUUCUUUGUUAAUUGAGGCGUUAGGAUUUUGUCUCGUGUAUCAGGAUUAAGACCUUACUUGUUGACUGUACAGAACAUAGGAAAGAGUUCUAGUUAUAGAAAGAUAAUAACUGACAUUUGAGCCCAUAUACCAGGCACUGUUCAAAACUUGAAAUGUAUGUAAAUAUCAAAUUCUUACACAAGGCUAUACAGUAGGACCUAUUAUUACCCCAUUCUUCAGGUUAAGAAACAGACUCAGAAGUGGGGUAACUUGUUCAGGGUCACACAGGAGUAGCCAGGAUGCCCAUUGUUAGAGUGGUAGAUAAAGAUUUAUUGUAAUUAGGUGGAGGAGAUAUUGUGAAUAAAGACUAAAGGGAUUUCAUGACUUUGGUUGCAGCAGUGGUCUGGGUAGCAUGAAUGUCUGUGUCCUUAAAGCCUUGGGCAGGGGCUUCUUCAGAGGAGGCAUUGCCCGGAACCUAGAACCUUGCAUUUAGGAAGGUUCUCUUCGUCACCAGAAACUGACUGGGGUCUGGAAAUCUUGGUUAUUGCUUUGGGUUAACUUUAUCAAUGAUUUCUUGAGGUCUUCUAGAUGAUAUUCUCUAAGCUUUAAGGAAGAAGUCAAGCAAGGAUUGAAGGGGCCUGGAGAGGAGCCUUUCCUAAAUGACGACAAUGACAAGAGAAAAUUGGGCCCACAAUGCUCUGAGACAAGAGGGUCUUGUUAAAGGGAAGGAUGAUACCUGGAAAUGGGGAACCAGCUUCCAAGGAAGCAGCUCCUCUGUUUGGGAGACCUCCCACCUGCACUUUAGACAGUUACGUUACCAUGAGACAUCUGGACCCCAGGAAGCACUGAGCCGGCUCCGGGAGCUCUGUCGUCGAUGGCUGAGGCCAGAAGCACGUACUAAGGCCCAGAUCCUGGAGCUGUUGGUCCUGGAGCAGUUCCUGAGCAUCCUGCCUGGGGAGAUUCGGACCUGGGUGCAGAUCCAUCGCCCUGGGAGUGGUGAGGAGGCUGUGGCCCUGGUAGAGGAGCUACAGAAAGACCUCGAUGGACCAGCACUAAAAGUUCCAGUUCUUGUUCAGGACCAGGACAUUCUGCAGGAAGGGAUGAACACUCCAGGAACAGCAGUACCUCAUGCACCCAUUGGCAGCUGCAUAGCAACUGAAAUUUGCCAAAAUCCUUUUACUGACCCAGUGAUGUUCAAUCUUCAGGAUCCACAACAUGAUUCUCCUGGCCCUGAAGCUUCUACCCUUUCCCAGGAAGAGAACCCAAGAAAUCAAUUAAUGGCCCUCAUGCUCCUAACAGCCCAGCCCCAGGAGUUGGUGAUGUUUGAGGAAGUGUCAGUAUGCUUUACUUCAGAGGAAUGGGAGUGUCUGGGCCCGAUUCAGAGGGCUUUAUACUGGGAUGUGAUGUUGGAGAACUAUGGAAAUGUGACCUCCCUAGAAUGGGAGACCAUGACUGAGAAUGAAGAGGUGACACCAAAGCCAAGCAUUUCUCAAAGAGCCGAUUCUCAGAAAGGAACAUCCAAAAGACUUCAGGGAGGUGUUCCUCAGACCCUAGAUUUUGAGGAAGCAUGUGAAUGGCAAGUUUUGGCAAGUCAUUGGGGAACUAAAACAGGGGAAAGGGAUACCCUAAAGAACGUUUCCGUCUGUGAAAGAGAUAAGAAGAAAAGGACGCUACCAGAAAAACAAGGCCAAAAGUGGAAGGAAUUUGGAGAAAGCUUGACUUCAGGUUCAGCUCUUUCUGAAAGUUUAAUAGGUACUGAAGGAAAGAAGUUUUAUAAAUGUGAUAUAUGUUGUAAACAUUUCAAUAAAAUCUCCCAUCUUAUAAACCAUCGGAGAAUCCACACUGGUGAGAAACCUCAUAAAUGUAAAGAGUGUGGAAAAGGCUUUAUUCAGCGCUCAAGCCUUCUAAUGCAUUUACGGAACCAUUCUGGGGAGAAACCUUAUAAAUGUAAUGAAUGUGGGAAAGCCUUCUCUCAAAGUGCUUAUCUUCUAAACCAUCAGAGAAUCCACACUGGGGAGAAGCCUUAUAAAUGUAAGGAGUGUGGAAAGGGCUUCUAUAGGCAUUCAGGCCUUAUUAUACAUCUAAGGCGCCAUUCUGGGGAGAGACCUUAUAAAUGUAAUGAAUGUGGGAAAGUUUUCUCUCAGAAUGCUUACCUCAUUGACCAUCAGAGGCUCCACAAAGGGGAAGAACCUUAUAAAUGUAACAAGUGUCAGAAAGCUUUCAUUCUGAAAAAGAGCCUCAUUCUGCACCAGAGAAUCCACUCUGGGGAAAAGCCCUACAAAUGUGAUGAAUGUGGAAAAACCUUUGCUCAGACCACUUACCUUGUUGACCAUCAGCGGCUCCACAGUACAGAGAACCCAUACAAAUGUAAAGAAUGUGGAAAAGUUUUCAUUCGAAGCAAAAGCCUCCUCUUACACCAGAGAGUACACACAGAAAAGAAGACUUUUGGUUGUAAAAAAUGUGGGAAGAUUUUCAAUUCAAAGUCAAACCUAAUUGACCAUAAAAGGAUGCAUAGCAGAGAGAAGCCAUAUAAAUGUACUGAAUGUGGGAAAGCAUUCACUCAGAGUGCUUAUCUUUUUGACCACCAGAGACUCCACAAUGGAGAGAAACCUUACGAAUGUAAUGAGUGUGGGAAAGUUUUCAUUCUAAAGAAGAGCCUCAUUUUACAUCAGAGGUUCCAUACUGGAGAGAAUCUCUAUGAAUGUAAAGACUGUGGCAAGGUCUUUGGUUCUAACAGAAACCUCAUUGACCAUGAGAGACUACACAAUGGGGAGAAGCCCUAUGAAUGUCGAGAGUGUGGGAAGACUUUCAUCAUGAGCAAAAGUUUCAUGGUCCAUCAGAAACUACAUACACAGGAAAAAUCCUACAAAUGUGAGGAUUGUGGGAAGGCUUUUAGUUAUAAUUCAAGCCUGCUCGUGCAUCGGAGAAUCCACACUGGAGAAAAGCCCUUUGAAUGCAGUGAGUGUGGAAGAGCUUUCAGUUCUAACAGAAACCUCAUUGAACAUAAGAGAAUCCACAGUGGUGAGAAACCCUAUGAGUGUAAUGAGUGUGGUAAAUGCUUCAUUUUGAAGAAAAGCCUCAUUGGACACCAGCGGAUUCACACAAGGGAAAAAUCUUAUAAAUGCAGUGACUGUGGGAAAGUCUUCAGUUACCGCUCAAACCUUAUAGCCCAUCAGAGAAUCCACACUGGUGAGAAGCCCUAUGCAUGUAAUGAGUGUGGGAAAGUUCUUACCUCUAGUAGAAAUCUUAUGGUACAUCAAAGAAUCCACACUGGAGAGAAGCCUUAUAAAUGUAAUGAGUGUGGAAAAGACUUCAGUCAGAAUAAAAACCUUGUUGUACAUCAGAGGAUGCACACUGGGGAAAAACCAUAUGAGUGUGAGAAGUGUAGAAAAUCUUUUACUUCUAAGAGGAAUUUAGUUGGCCACCAGAGAAUCCAUACAGGGGAGAAACCGUAUGGGUGUAAUGAUUGUAGUAAAUGUGGGAAAACAUUUACUCGGAGCUCAAACCUCAUUGUCCACCAGAGGAUCCACACUGGGGAGAAGCCCUUUGCCUGUAAUGAUUGUGGCAAAGCCUUCACCCAGAGUGCAAAUCUUAUUGUACAUCAACGAAGCCAUACUGGUGAAAAGCCAUAUGAGUGUAAAGAGUGUGGCAAAGCCUUUAGUUGUUUUUCACACCUUAUUGUGCACCAGAGAAUUCACACUGCGGAGAAACCUUAUGAUUGCAGUGAGUGUGGAAAAGCCUUCAGUCAGCUGUCUUGCCUUAUUGUGCAUCAGAGGAUUCACAGUGGAGAUCUUCCUUAUGUGUGUAAUGAGUGUGGGAAGGCCUUCACGUGUAGCUCAUACCUGCUUAUUCAUCAGAGAAUUCAUAAUGGGGAAAAACCUUACACAUGCAAUGAAUGUGGCAAGGCCUUCCGGCAGAGGUCAAGCCUCACUGUGCACCAGAGAACCCACACUGGGGAGAAGCCCUAUGAGUGUGCCAAGUGUGGUGCAGCUUUCAUUUCUAACUCGCACCUCAUGCGACACCACAGAACCCAUCUUGUUGAGUAACAAGAAUUUGUUAUUCCAGGCAUUGAUCAUAAUCCACUACACCCUAAUUGGACACGUCUUUGCUGUUAUGUUCCUCUAAAAAUGAGGCCCACCAUAUUCUUAACAGUUUUCAGGAGUGUAUCAUAGAACAUAAACAUUUCAGAAGCUGACUUAAAAAAAGUGAAAGCUAAGCACCUAAAGGCAAGGACUGUGUUUUUUAACUGUCAUCAUGUUUGAAAUGGAGUGUGGCUUUCUUAGAAAUGGGUCAUACAAGGCUAAGUGAUAAAGAUCCUAUUUGAGAAAAGGUAUUUUAACUUAAUCUUGUUUUUAAAAACUCGUAAUUUCUUGAGCAACAGCCAGGUUAUUGGUAUAGGUCUGCUUGGUGGAAUUCUGGAGCUUUGAAUCUUGUAUUCUAGUAUUUUGGGUUAAGAAGUAAUGACUAAGGAAACUACUUGGGGUAGCAAUUCAACAACAACUCACCUGUGAUCAUUUAUAAGCUUGCCACACCUUAGGCAAUUUAAACAUUAAAAGAAAAAACACAAAACAUUAACUAUCGGCCGCUCCUAAAAUAGAAGUAGGAAACAGCUGUUUCUUUUAAUCCUCUAUACCUCCUGAACCUUGGUAUGGUAAAGCUCUGGGGAGAUCUCGAGUCUUCCAUUCUGCAGUCUGUGUGGCCAAGCACUUGAGGAUUGAUGGCGACAAAACACUGGGACCAUAAAUGCUGCCAGGCAGUAUUCAUUUGUUAACAUCAACUCUCCAAGUGACCCUAACUUCCAUUGCAUUCCAUCGGAGUGAGAUGCCUGUAACAGUCCCCUUCUCACAUAGAGGAGUCAAAGAAAGCUUGCUGAGAGGCAUGCCCACAUUAUCUAUGCUCAUUCUGCUCAGGCCCAGCCAGGGGGCUCAGUUUGGGUGUCAUUCUCACUUUUUGGCUGGUCUUUAGAAGAAAUAAUGGAGUCCUAAAAAUUUAAGAGGACCAAAGAGGGAAAUACAGGGAGAGGAAGGAGGCAGAGUGGGACUCCUAAGGUCUUUAUUUUUUUGAGAAGCUCAAAGGUAUUGGAAUGUGAAAACUUAGAAAGAUGAAGAAACUGGCUAAGGUAAGAUAACCUUUGUUAUCAUUGAGCCUUUAUUCCUGGAAAAAAUGAUUUAUAGAACUAUGCAAUCGGUAGAGCUAUGUAAUAUUGCCUUGUAUUUAAUAUAGAACUUAAUUCUUUGUUUAUACACCUUCAUGUAUAGAAUCAUAAUCCCCAGCACUUCUCUUAUGCUUUCACAUAGAUCCUUACUUUAAUCCUGAGAACGCUGAAAGAAGUGUUUGCCCCAUUUAGUUAAGAGUGGUCAAAUAACAAAGAACAGCCUACAUUCAAAUCCAGGACUUAAAUCCAGGUUCUCUGUUCUGCCAUGCUGUGUCUAACCACCUGUGUCUAACCACCCAGAUCUGCAGAGAGCCUGAGAAAGGGGUAUAUGGCUCAUUUUCAGGUGAGGAAGCUGAGGUGACAGAUUUUAGGAUGUGCCUUAGGCCAUGUGACCAGUAAGCAGCAAAUCUGAGACUGGAAUUUGAGUCUCCCAAGUUCUGGGUCUGUCUCUUCACCCCGCUUAGUAAGCAAGAGCGUAUCAUAAAUGCCCUACCUGGUGAUAAGCUAUCUGAUGCAACUCAUGUAGAAGUCCCACCAUUGGGACUCUUACUGACUCAUUUGUUUUGUAUUUUACAGAGUGCUUUCAUGUACAGAAGGCAUAAACAAAGCUUAUUUCCUCUUUCUACUCCCCUUCAACCAUAGUCUUUCAUCCAAGCAUGUGCACCACCUUUUCCCAGUUUACAGUCUAAAUCAUACACAACUCUAAGAAAUUAAUAGGAUUCAAAAGUGAGGAUCAAAAAUGCUAUGUACUCACCUUGAAAGUGACUGUUCCUGUCCCCCAGCUGGGAGUGGAGAGACCCAAAGAUAACACCUGUGUCUGCUGAGGAACAAGCUUAGGUUUUUCCCCCUGCAGGAUCAGGAAGCCCAGAAGAGAGGUAGAGCAGGUCUGAAGAUUGGGGAUAAAUCUGUGACCUGGACCUGUCCAGAGACCAAAAGUGUACUUUCCUGAAUGAUACUAGCCAGGUUAGGAUUCUUAUGGCAGUUAAAUUGUUUUAGCUUCACCUUGUGUGUUCUUCCUCCUAUUUGAAUGCUUGUCAUGGAUGAUUGUGAUUUCCUGGCUAAAGAUUGCUGUUCAUAGUUCAGAAAAGGCUACGUAGGUGAUUAUGAUGCAAAGCUGGAUUUGGGAAUCACUCACCCAACCUUGCAGUGAAACAGUGGUAUUCACUUGGCUGCAUGUGAGAAUCACCUUGUGUACUUAAAAAUUUUUUUCAUUCCCAGGGCCAGGUAUUUUUUUUUCAGUUCUGGAGGGGAACCCAAUGUGUAACCAAGGUAAUGGCCAAUGCAGUCAAGUAAAGUCUGCAGACCACAAAUGCAUCUGA